AUUGGAACUGGAACUUGAUGCCAGUAUUUCAUUCGAAUUCCAAGUUCUACUAGUGAAAAGCUAUCAGUGCAUUCCGUUAAAGUGGAGCUAGGGUUUCAAAAAGAAAACCUCCUUCCAAACACAAAUCUUCGAGGAUGAAAUUGACACUUGAAUUUGGUGGUGGACUUGAGCUUCUUUGCGAGUCAGUGAAGACCCACAAUGUUGAUGUUGAUCAAACUGGAGAAAAGAAGUUAACAAUGAAGGAUCUGUUGGCUUGGGUUCGUACUAAUCUAAUUAAGGAGAGGCCUGAAAUGUUCAUGAAAGGGGAUUCAGUGAGACCAGGUGUUCUUGUCCUUAUAAAUGACUGCGAUUGGGAACUAAGUGGUCAACUCGAUACAACAUUAGAAGACAAAGACGUGGUAGUCUUCAUUUCAACCUUGCACGGUGGAUGAUCUUAUUGCUCGAGAUUAUUUUCAAACUAUAAGUUACUUGUCGUGUUGCACUUUUACCAUUAAGGUCACAAUUCCGAUGCUUGCUUCACGAGCAGGUGCUUUGAUUGUUCCUGUAGGUUAUUCUGUAUCCCAAUUCUGUGUUCAGUAUAUAUGAUGACUUCAGAAGAAUGCUUAAAUGUAUGAUGCUGAAUUUUAGCGACUCAAUGCAAUGAGUUUUCAUAAUAGGAGAGCAACAUAUUGGAUAAUAGUAUUAUACAAUCUCGGAAUGUUGUUUUGUCCC